AUGCCUCCGCGAAAGCACAAGUCUACCAGCAAGGCGAAGUGGCAGAAACCACCCCCGCAACAGCACUCCGACGGCGACCAUGCCAUCGACUUGACUGCCCAGAACGCAAUUCAGUCCCCGCUCCUUCGCUUGCCGGCUGAGCUACGCAACAAGAUCUGGCAACUCCUCUACGGCGACCAGCACCUCGAGGUUGCCAUUUGUCGGUGGGACCGGAAAGAUUUCGACAUGGAGUUUAGUAUCCUCCGACGCGAACCUGGGCUAUCCGUAAGCUGGGAACGCCCCGUACAUGUCCCGAAGCCUUUCUGCAGACAGGCUUGGUCUGAGUCGAUGGCUGUGUUCUUUUCGUCAGCAGUGUUCCACUUUCGAGACGUGACGAGGCUUCGCCGACUGAUUUCGUCGCUUCCUCAUCAGCCACUCGUUUCGCGCAUCCAGCGGAUCGGACUCGCGGGCUUCAUUCUCCGCCAGCAUGAAUGGAUGGGUUUACAUGGAAAGCUUGACAUGGUUACCGUGGGCAAAAUUGUGAGCUUGAAGGGACUGGAAUGGAGCAUGGUGGUGGAACAGGAGGACGCGCAGCUGCUUGCACAGAUGAACCACGAUACCCUGUGGGAGUCUCUGCAGCUCGCAAAGAUGGUUGAGAUGUUCCAGCAGCACAAGCUCAGGGAGGAUCUGACAACUGUCACCAUCCAUGACUACACCGGCUAUCCCUUCCCUGGCAACGUAGCAGCAUUGAGCGACAAGUUGCGUAGACGCCUCUUGGAGCACACGCCUCGGAGGUAUUCCAGGCGAGGAAGAGGCCGCAUGAGCAGUCCAUAGGGCGGCCUCGAGCGGCUCACGGCUAUUCAGUCAGAGUUUGGCCGACCUUGAACAGCUGCGACACCCUCCUGGAGCAUGUAACUUGCUGGAUACAUGCCACGCCGGUACACUGUAUCAGCCCAACGCUUCCGCUGUACGCAGAGAGGCUACUCCGACGCAUCUGCGGCAGCACAGCUCCGGGCGAGAAAGCUUGUAGUACAGCUCACAUGUACUUGAAUAUCUUCAGGAUUUUGAUGGAUGUAACUAGGCAGCGAAAGCAUCGAAUAAACACAC